AUGCAGGCUUCAACUCGGCCACGGUUAGCUCGAACAGCGAAGAAGGCACUCUCUGCGGACAUCCUGAGAUAUCUAGACCCCCUGGAUCAGAACGAAGACCAGGAUCAGAAUGAAGACCAGGAUAGGGAGCGUACACGGUACAAGCAACAUGGUACUAAGAAGCGCAGGUUGGCCAUAAUCCAAGAGGAGGACAAUUCAGGAGAUGAGUUUGAUUCGCAAGAGGAGCAUAAGACGCAAGAGGAACAUGAGAAGCAAGAGGAACAUGAGACGCAAAAGGAGGAUGAAUUAUGGGAGGACCGCCGGAAGAGACCUAGGAAGCGGCGUCUUUUCAGGGACCACCAGCCUCUUCAGGUCCAGACGGCUGCCCAGGAGACAGAGCAGGACGAACCCGACGUGAAUGGCUUCCACCGAUCAGACUUCGAAGACGAGACCGAUCCGCAGACCAUCGCCGAUGAGCGACGUGCAUGGUUAUCUGUUUACGUCCCUUUCUCCGACGAUGCCUUAUUUGACUUCACCCUGACUAGCGACGAUGUUGUGCGCAUGGUCGAAACCGCCUACCCUGUACUCUCAGCAUCUAACCAAAGGAUAAAAAUCUUUUGGGACUCGGUCAACCAGCACCUCGAGAGCUCACCGCCCUUCCGCAUACCCGUUCGAGAGAUGAAUCCGCAUACUUGGCCCUUGACAAAUCCUGUUGUUGACAGCCUGUGGAAAGACGGAGCCGCUGCGGAGGUCGCGCUUGACAUCCCAGACGUCUAUGGAACCAUUAUUGUGGCGGAGCCUGCAUAUGGUCACUUCUUCCACUGGUAUAUCCUUGGCUCUCUGGUCUUUGAGAUGGACGAAGCCUUUCCUCCCAGAGCCUCAGAAGUCAUUAGGAUGUAG